GUGCCAUUUUAAGUGCGUUUUGUAUUGCUGUCGCCAUGGGCACCCAAAGCGACGAGGAGGACGUCGAAAAUAAAAUAACAAGGAAAAAUAUCAUCAUGCCGAAUUUACCGAAAACGCUUUCCUUAGAAGAGAAAAAAUAUCUAUUGGCAAUCGAGAGAGGUGAUUUGGGCAAUGUCAGACGUUUAUUGCAGAAGGUUCAACGCAAAAAAACCUUCGAUAUAAACUGCAUGGAUAGCUUGGGCAGAGGCGCCUUAUCCAUAGCGAUAGACCAAGAAAACUUGGAAAUGGUAGAGCUUCUGGUUGUGAUGGGCGUGGAGACCAGGGACGCCCUAUUACACGCGAUAAAUGUCGAAUUCGUCGAAGCGGUGGAACUGCUGCUGGAACAUGAAGAGCUCAUACACCAAGAGGCGGAGCCAUAUAGUUGGCAAAAAGUCGACAUUAACACAGCCAUGUUUACGCCGGAUAUCACUCCGCUUAUCCUGGCUGCACAUAGGAAUAACUACGAGAUAUUGAAAAUUUUAUUGGACAGGGGAGCUUCGAUUCCCAUGCCUCACGACGUCAAGUGUGGUUGUGACGAAUGUAUUAGAGAAUCCGAAAAGGACUCCUUGCGUCAUUCGCUAUCUAGACUGAACGAAUAUCGAGCACUGGCUAGUCCAUCACUAAUCGCACUAUCGUCUAGCGAUCCGCUGCUGACGGCUUUUCAGCUUUCAUGGGAACUGCGUAACUUGGCCGCCUUCGCCGAACCGGAAUGCAAAUCGGAGUACAUGGAUCUCAGGCGCCAGUGUCAGCAAUUUGCAGUCGAUUUGCUGCACCAAUCGAGGAGCUCACAAGAGUUGGCGAUUAUUUUGAACCACGACCCAGAUAAUUCAGCUAUUGAGGAGGGCGAACACAUGAAAUUUGCCAGACUUGAGCUGGCCAUUAUGUACAAACAGAAGAAGUUUGUGGCCCAUCCCAACAUCCAACAACUGCUGGCUGCGUUUUGGUACGAAGGCGUCCCAGGCUUCAGAAGAAAAUCAAGCAUGAACAAAAUCUUGAUUAUAGUGAGGGUGGCGCUCCUGUUUCCCUUCUACUGCAUGUUGUACAUGCUGGCCCCCGAAACCAAAACCGGGAAACUGAUGCGGAAGCCGUUCAUGAAAUUUUUGAUUCACGCUUCGUCGUACCUCUUCUUUUUGUUGCUCCUCAUCCUGGUUUCUUUACGGGCAGAAGAUCUAUUUUUCGAAUUUUUUGGCUCGGAAUCGAUGAAAGCGUUCGUGAUCGAGAAGAAAGCGAAACAAAGAGGAAAUUAUCCCACAAUUCUCGAAUACGCUGUUCUGAUAUACGUUGUGAGUUUUAUCGUAGAAGAAACGCAAGAGAUAUUCACCGAAGGGAUAAAGUCGUACCUGCGCAAUCUAUGGAACUUCAUAGAUUUUACGAGGAAUUUGUUUUACACGAUGACGUUUGGGUUGCGUGUCAUCGCCUAUAUACAACAGGCCAAUGAAAUCCGUCACGAUCCAAAUACUGCUUACUUCAGGAGAGAACAGUGGAACGCGUUCGAUCCCCAACUGAUCGCAGAAGGAUUGUUUGCUGCCGCUAAUAUACUCAGUGCAUUGAAAUUGGUACAUCUGUUCUCCAUAAAUCCACACCUCGGACCACUGCAAAUAUCACUCGGACGGAUGGUAAUAGACAUCGUCAAGUUCUUCUUUAUAUAUUCGUUGGUACUCUUUGCCUUCGCAUGUGGUCUAAAUCAACUGCUGUGGUACUUUUCGGACUUGGAGAGACAAAAAUGCUACCAUCUUCCCUCUGGCGAUCCCGAUUUCGACAAUGCUGGCGAUUCUUGCAUGAAGUGGCGACGGUUUGCAAACGUUUUUGAAUCUUCACAGUCGCUCUUUUGGGCGAGUUUCGGGAUGAUCGAUUUGGCCAGCUUCGAGCUUACCGGCAUCAAAACUUACACGAGAUUCUGGGGUCUUCUGAUGUUCGGUUCAUACUCCGUAAUUAAUGUAAUCGUUCUGCUGAAUCUACUCAUCGCUAUGAUGUCCAAUUCUUAUGCGAUGAUUGAGGAACAUUCAGACACCGAAUGGAAGUUUGCGAGAACCAAGCUGUGGCUGAGCUAUUUUGACGAGUCGGGUACCCUGCCUCCGCCUUUUAAUAUUUUCCCAAAGCCGAAAAACUUUCUGAAGCUCCUCGGGAUUAGAAAGAAGGAUCGGAUGAGACGAAUGUCCACGAAGAGAAGGAACCGCGAGGAGAAAGAAAGAGACUACCGAUAUACGGCGGUGAUGCGAGCUCUAGUUUGGCGAUACGUGUCGGCGAUGCAUCGCAAAUGCGACGAGAGCGAGGUUACCGAAGACGACGUCAACGAACUGAAAAGCGACAUAUCAUCAUUCCGCUACGAGAUACUAGAAGUGUUGAACAGGAACGGGAUGGACAUUUCCUCGGCCGAAAUAAAAGAGAAAGCUGUGCUGGGCAAAAAAAUGAAGGUGUGGGAGAGGAGAUUGUUGAAAGACUUCAAAGUGGCUCCGGUGGCAGCCGAAGAAAACGAGGAUAUAUUCGCUCCGCCUCCGGACAAUGAGUCGUCACUAGCAAGGUUUAGACGGAUCGCUAGAAUGGCAGCACUGGAUUCCAAUUUAAACAAGUGGAAAGCGGUAGUUAAGGGGGCCUGCAUUGCAUCGCAGAUCGGGCGAUGCCAUAGCAGGGACUCGUUCAAAAAACAGCAAAAUCUACAGAAAGCCAUGGCGCAAGCGCGGAAGCUAGCUGAGAAAACGCCGGAAUCUUCUCGGGCCACUACGCCACUGGUGUUGCCCGAUUUUACGGGAGAGGAGCUUGUUAAACUUGUCACGGAAGAUGAGACUUCGCACGCUAAACCAGCUAAGAAAACAGUCACCCUUAAUCCGAACGUAGCCAUGAUAAGAGGUCAAGGACCACCACUGUCGCCGACCAUAUCAGUGAUCCCGCCUCAGUCGCCUGUUCCAGAGCAGUCCCCGAGUGCUGCUAACGACGUCGAUCUGAUUAAUUUGGAAAGCUCUGAAAAUUCACCUAUAGCGAGCAAGAAGGAAGGCGCUUCUUCGACGCAACCGCCGGUGGAAGUGAUUCCGGAUGUGCCGCCUUCACCAAAGAAGGACAUUUUGGAAAUUCAAGAAAGCGCGCCGACGGGCGAAGAUGAUUCGAAAAAUGAAGAUACUUUCGAAUGGGAAAAGUCCGCUAAGGAUUCGGUCGAAGCGGAUCAGCAGUUGUCCGACAAAAAUUCGUUCUCUUCUAACGAGAAGCUCGCCGAUUCAGAAGACGGCAGCAUAUACGACGAGCUGAAUCGUAUAAUCUCUUCCGAUGACGGCGGGGUCUCGUCGAAGGACGAGGACAGCGCCGAUUUCGAUGGAAUUAUCGAAAAGGAGAAAUCUGACGACGAUGGCGAGGAAAUCGUUCCAUUAAAAGAUGAUAUCGGACUGGGCGAUAUUCCGAUAGCCUGCGAGGAACCCGGAUCUCCACCAAAACGACCCCCCAUUCCUCAGCCGAGCGGCCAUGGGUCACCGCCGACAGUGUCGCCACCUGCUCGAAAAGAGACGCUACUUUUGUCGCCUGAAGACGUACCUUCGCAACAGGCGGAGACGCAUUUGCUUGUCGUAGAUAAACCUCCUUCGCCGCCCAGGUCCGCCAGUCCAUUAAUGAGAAAAAAUGUCCAACGGGUGGGAACCAAACCCUUUGGUCAACCCAGUUACGGGUGGCUUUAAGGAAUAUGAAAAUAACUGUUAUAUUUGGUUUGUUGCUGGAAUAAAGGAUGCUUACU